GUCGCCACUGGCCACACUGCUACUCUGGUCACACUAGCACGCGCCUUUGGAAGCCGAUUUUGUUUUUUUUUUAUAAUUUUCCUGAAAAAACGAACCGGCUUAUCCCCAUCACCAUGGACCUGGUGGAGCUGCUGCAACAGGCCCAGCGCCUCACCAACGAGACGAAGAUGGACACGGAGAUGCCGCGAGUGGAGCGCACCAUCUCCCAGGUGCUCCAAGCCACCCAGGAACUGCACUCGCGUGUCACCCAAACCGGCACCAAUGAUCUCCAAGCUCAUAUACUGCUUGGCUCGAAGGGCGUGGACCUCCCGAUACUGUCGCAAAAGCUAGAGUCGCUGAGCGCGCGAAAAUCCUUCGAACCCCUGGAUCCUGUGACAGACACCGAUGUGCAGGGAUAUCUAAAGAACGAGCGGGAGAACGCCAUUCUGUCUGUCAUUGAAGAGACCAACCGCAGUAUUUUCGAGGCUGUGGAACGGCAGAAAUGGCGAUGCGUUUACGCUGAAUGGGGUGAGGAAAAGGAGGUGCUUCUCAAUGCUCUGGUGGGCCCUCGUCCAGGGAUCUUCCCCGAAUUACAGCGCCAGACUGUGAGGACGACCAUGGCCGAUAAUCCACAACCGUAUUCCCGCCUGCUGGACGAUAUACAGAAGCAGUAUGCCGAAAGAAUCAAGGCCUACAACGAAGCGAACAUUCAGGGCACGCACCGUGAAAACCUGGUUGCCACUUUUGCCAAAUUGUCUGAGAAAUUCGAUGACGAGCACGUGCAGGAAAUGUGGGGUGUGCUGGAAUACAUGGCCGAUGUGACGCCGAUGGUUCGCAGUACUGAUCCCAUACACACCCGCCAAACCGCACCCCAAUUCGUGCAGCAGGCGCGCACCUACUUGGAACGGCGCUACAAGACCUACAUGAACUCGGUCGUCCAGAAGAAUCUGCUCGUGGCCGCCCGCGGUGGAGUCCCCAACACCUACAACCUGGUCUCCUCCUAUGUGGGCGUCAACUUUUACCAGCCAAGGUCGCUAGUCGGGCUGGAGGACAUCAGCGAGGGAAAGCCGCUAUGGCCACUGAUCUACUACAGCUUGAGGAGCGGUGAUUUGGGGGCAGCGAUUCAGUUCCUCAAGGAAGCGGGCGUCUGUCCCGAUCUGCUGAAGCUGAUGAUGCUUCAGAAGCGCGGCGAUACGGAGACCCCAACCUCAAAGAUUGAGACCUCACUGAAACUAGAUUACAACAACAAACUGCGUAUCUGCAACGAUCCCUACAAAAAGGCGGUAUUCGCCAUAGUGCUCACCUGCGAUCCCCACGAUGGACACGUGGAGCUGAUGCGCACCAUCGACGACUUCCUGUGGCUGCAGCUCUCGAUCCUUCGUCUGAACGAGAAUCGCCACUACGACAUCGAACAGCUGACCUACCCCGGCCUGCAGUCUCUGAUUCUGGACAAGUACGGCGAGAACUACUUCAAUGCCCGCGAAAAGGCCCCGCUGUACUUCCAGGUCUUGGCCCUCACCGGCCAGUUCGAGUCGGCCAUUGAGUUCCUCUCCCGUACGGAAGCGAAUCGGGCCCACGCCGUUCACAUGGCCAUUGCCCUGAACGAGCUCUGCAUGCUCGGCACCCCGAGUUCCGUGCAGGCGCCGCUGCUGAGCUGCGAGCCGGACGACCCGGCGCCCAUGAAGCGACUCAACCUGGUCCGUCUGAUCGUGAUGUACGCCAAGUGCUUCGAGCUGACUGACACUGCCCAGGCGCUGCAGUACUACUACCUCUUGCGCAACUUCAAGGACCCGAAGGGCGGCAACGUGAUGCUGAAUUGUGUCUGCGACCUGCUGGUUGAGAAUUCCGACGACCAAAUGCUGGCGCUUGUUUUCGGCCACGAGGAUCAGACCGAUCCGGGCCACCUAUUUGGUGGCAUAUUUUCGGAAUUCACCAACCUGGACUGCGAUCAGUAUACGCUGGCCGGCAAGGUGGGCGACGAGCUGGCGGAGCGUAGCAACUUCGAGUCGGCCAUCCGGCUGUACUUCAUCGCUGGGCAGCUGGACAAGGCCUUGCGGCUGGCCUGCUCCCUCAUAUCGCAGGUGGUCCACCAACAGCAGCGUCCCGGGUCGCUCCGCGAGAGGCUGUGCGAUGUCAUCACGAGACUGGACAGGGCACUGGCUGUGCGCAAGACCGACUUAGAGUCCCACAUCCUGACCACCUACACGAUGCUCACGCAGCUGAUGCGGUUCUUCAACCUUGUGCACGCCGGACAGCCCCGCCUGGCGUCCGAUGUCCUGGCCAAGAAUCGUCUGAUACCCGCCAAUACCGCGGAGGUGGACGAGUGCGUCGGAAACCUCAAGCGCAUGGGCCCGGACAUCAUUAGGGUGCUCCCGGAUGUGAUGCUCGCCGCCAUGGACAUCAUAUACGACGAGUAUGUGAAGACGAAGGGCAAUGCUCGACAGGCGUCCGAGUACGAGGAGGAGGCCAGCAACGAGGCCCUGGAGGCGAUUCUGCGACACUUGCGCGGCCGAGCCAAGGCGCUGACCAACAUGGCUGCCAGUGUUCCCUACCGCAUGCCCAACCAGACCAAUCAACGGCUCGUCCAACUGGAGAUCCUUAUGCACUAACACUGCCCACCGCCCACUGCCAGCUUAAGAAAUUACCAUGAAUACCCUGUUUUCUGUAAUAAUAAAGGAUUAAUGAUAAA